AUGGCAUUUUGUUUUGUGGUAGGUACUUUAAUUGAGAGCACCUUUGAAGUUACAGGCCAAGCAGGAAUGAGCAUUUCAGCCCUCAGAGAAAUAAUCUACGACAAGAAUAAGAACUAUUUCGAAGAAAUAAAAGUCGACGCCAACAAGUUGCACCUAUGGAAGGUGGAUAUUCCUGGCGAUGUAGAAAACGUUAAACUGAAAAAACUUGAAAGGAGGUCUCAUGAUAUAAAUGAUGAAAAUACUACUAUACAAGAGCUCGGAGGAGAAAAGUUGACUCCAUUUAAGUAUUUUGGUGACAUUUUUGCGUGUAGUAGCUCCAAGAACAUCCGCAUCAUCGCGCAACCGCCCCAGCCCGCCACCACUGGAAAACGACCACUGGAAUAUUCGGACGAAGGUCAAAAUAGUAAAAGAGCGAAACCAUUAGAUCCGAAUAUAAUUUCUACUGCCCGUAAAAUCAUGGAGGACAUAAUGAAACUCGACGAGGACGAAUCCAGUUACUCAAACCCGAAAAAGAUCCUCUUAUUACCGUUCCCAUAUCCUGGUCAGAAAAAACCAGUAGAUAGAUUUGCCAUUAAUAAUGAUGGUUUUUUCACCUACAUGGGAAGAAAGGAAUUUAGGAACGUUUUAAAAACCAUCAACCAAUUUCGAUCGGGUACUGGCUAUAUGAAAUUAUUUGUAUACGGUACUGUUGGAUAUGGCAAGUCACAUAUCCUUUCAGCCAUUGCAUGCUUCCUUUUCCGAACAGGAAAGCGCGUCAUAUUUCUUCCCGAUUGUCGCCAACUGGCUUUGGACCCAGUAGAUUAUGUCAAGUCUGCUUUAUUUCUUGCCUACCAGGAUAAUAAUACAAAAAUAAACGAAAUUAACUCCUGUGAAAAAUUUGAUGAUAUUAUAAAUUUUUGUAAACCAUUAAAUGAAAAAUUAUAUUUCAUCGUAGACCAAAUGAAUGCUCUGGAUGAACAAGAUAAUACUGGAAUUAGCUUAGAAAUAAAGCAACAAAUUAGACGUGAUCUUGAUCGAAUGUCCAAUUACCAUUAUUAUAUUAUGAGUUCUUCGGCAAACAACAAAACAAUGUUGCAUCUUAUGCAAAAGCAGACUUGUGAAUUGAAGAUCAAGCUUUUUGGAGGGUUCGAUGAGGAGGAGAUGAAAGAAUGGUGGAGUAGUCAUAAUCCCGAUUUGCCAGCAAUGGAUGAACAGCAGAAAAAACAAACUGAAGACAUCACUGGCAAAGUACCAUUAUUCUUAAGUAUUUUGCUGGAAUUUAGUCAUGUAAAUUAUAAGGGUGCAUUGGAGUACUUAAAUCAACAAUUAACAUCAAAGAUAAAAUAUCCAUUGACGAGCUUCUCAGAUAUUAUAUCAGAAAGCAAUAGAUGGGAAAUUCAUGUCAGCUUGAUGUCAUCAUUCCUGACAAAUAAUUUUCCUACACUGGGCCAUGGACCUAACGAUUACGAUCAUCGUUUCUUCUUCAUUGAAGAUGAUAAAUGCUAUUAUGUUUGUGGGUUAGUGCGAAAUUGCAUGGCUGAUUACCUAUAUGAAAAGAACAGAAUGGAAGUAUUCGUAGAUGUAAAAUGGAUUAAGGCGUUCAAGAAUAACCCAUCGGUAAAGGGAUUUAUAAUUGAAAAGGCAUGCCUUGCCAGCAUUUGUAGGGUCGGGAUUACAGCAUAUCAAGUAAAUUUUAAGGUUGAUCGUCGUCAGUUUUUUGCCAGUUUAGAAGAGAUUAAUUUUUCUUUGAGCGAGGAGUUGUGUACAUUUUACUUGCCACGUAAAUGGAAUCAAAAGUCAAUAGAUGGAUUACUGGCCCUUUACAAGACAGAUACGUUGUAUAUUGCACCAAUUCAGAUUACUCUUGAUAAGGAAGGACAUUCGGAUUCUGAAGGAGCUUUUUUUUCCUGUAUUUGGCCAGAAUUGAAAUCAAAGAUACCAGAUGACUUAAACACAGAAGUAAUAUUCAUAUGGAUUACACGCAAAAAUGGGGUUGAUGAGGAAGUGGAAAUGAAGGGUAGACAAUUAAGAGGAAAAGAUAUUGAAAUUAAUCCUGAUUACGUUUCGGUAGUAACAGGAUUUGCGAACGUCAAUAGAGAUAUUGAUCGAUAUCUUUCUCAAGUGUAA